GUGGGUCCCAUUUGUCAUCAUCUGUAGUUGCUACUGUUUGAAUGAAUCUCUCCUGCUGUGAUGCACCUUCGUCAAACUCUAGUGGCUUUACUUACUUUAUCUUAAAAGGAUUGAGGGAGCUGCCUCAAACGCUGCUUCUGGCAGUAAAGCUGCACCCAUUUCUCUGCUCACUUUACUUUUAUGACCAAUUUCACAAAAAAGGAUGGAGUUCAAAACAGAGAAGCUAGUGAGGUUCAACAACAAUGGCACAGCACGUACAGAGAAGCCGCCACUGCCCGUAUUCAAAGCAACCGUCCCUUUAUUGAAAACCGAAGGAGUUUCCAAAUAUGGAAAGUCAAAGGUUCUUUUUCCAGAGGAUCACAAGCCAUGGAGGGUAAGGAUUCUAGAUCCUGGUACUGAAAUUUACUUGCAGUGGAACAGGAUUUUUCUCUUUUGGUGCUUAGUGGCUCUCUUCGUUGACCCAUUGUUUUUCUACCUGCCUUCAUUGAUAAAAAAAGACACCACCUCUUGUUUGGAUACUGAUUUGAAUCUCGGAAUCGUUGUAACUUGUUUCCGUACACUUGCCGAUGCAUUUUACGUGUUGCAUAUAUUCAUCAAGUUCCGAACGGCUUAUGUGUCGCCUACCUCAAGGGUAUUUGGUAGGGGUGAACUUGUUACUCACCCAGAUUUGAUUGCUAAAAGGUAUUUGAGAUCGGAUUUCUUCAUAGAUCUUGUGGCUGCUCUACCUCUUCCUCAGAUUGUGAUAUGGUUCAUUAUACCAGCAAUUAGAAGCUCCCAUGCUGAUUAUACUAAUAAUGCACUUGUGCUGAUUGUGCUGCUCCAAUAUGUUCCCAGAUUGUAUUUAAUUUUCCCUUUAAGCUCUCAGAUUAUCAAAGCCACUGGUGUUGUCACAAAGACUGCCUGGGCUGGUGCUGCAUACAAUCUCUUACUUUACAUGUUAGCUAGCCAUGUAUUAGGGGCGUCGUGGUAUUUACUGUCAUUCGAGCGACAUGCAUCCUGUUUGAAAACUGAAUGCAGAAAUGAGACUAGCCCUCUGCGAUGUGAUCCUCGUUACCUCGAUUGCGGCACAUUGAAUGAUGCCGGUCGCCAUAAAUGGGAAAACAGUACUGUCGUGUUUGGUAAAUGUGAUCCCAAUAAUGAUAUUAGUUUUGACUAUGGGAUUUUCGAGAAUGCGUUGACGAAGAAAGUAUUCUCCUCGGGCUUCCACCGGAAGUAUUUCUAUUGUCUGUGGUGGGGUUUGCAGAAUUUGAGCUCUUAUGGACAGAAUUUAGAUACAAGCACAUUUAUGGGGGAAACCCUGUUUGCCAUACUGAUUGCUAUCUUGGGUUUGGUUUUGUUUGCCCAUUUAAUUGGAAACAUGCAGACCUACUUACAAUCCAUCACCGUGAGACUGGAAGAGUGGAGGCUUAAACGGCGGGACACAGAGGAGUGGAUGAGACAUCGCCAACUCCCGCAAGAUCUGCGAGAGCGCGUUCAGCGUUUUGUUCAGUACAAGUGGCUUGCAACUCGAGGUGUGGAUGAAGAAUCAAUCUUACGUGCUUUACCUCCAGAUCUCCGCCGAGACAUCCAACGCCAUCUAUGCUUGGACCUUGUUCGGCGUGUCCCCUUUUUCUCAGAGAUGGAUGAUCAGCUACUAGAUGCCAUAUGUGAGCGCUUAGUAUCCUCCUUAAGUACUCAAGGAACCUACAUUGUUCGGGAAGGUGACCCCGUCACCGAGAUGCUUUUUAUUAUCAGAGGGAGGCUAGAGAGUUCUACCACAAAUGGAGGACGGACAGGUUUCUUCAAUUCAAUUAAUCUGAGACCAGGUGACUUCUGCGGCGAGGAGCUACUUUCAUGGGCAUUGCUUCCAAAAUCCUCUCUGAACUUACCUUCAUCCACUAGAACGGUAAGAGCCCUGGUUGAAGUAGAGGCAUUUGCAUUAAGAGCAGAAGAUCUCAAAUUCGUGGCCAAUCAGUUUCGACGUCUUCAUAGCAAGAAGCUUCAGCAUACCUUCCGCUAUCAUUCUUACCAUUGGAGGACAUGGGGUGCCUGCUUCAUUCAAGCAGCUUGGCGUCGACACAAGAAGAGGACGGUGAUGAGGAGUCUCAGCACAACGGAGUCUUUCUCAUGUCCUCCUGAUGAACAAGCUGCCAAUGAAACAGAACAAAAGAAAGAACACAAUCUUGCAUCUUCGAAUUCUUCCCAAGUAAAACAGAACUUAGGUGUCACAAUACUAGCUUCAAGGUUUGCAGCAAAUACCCGGCGUGGAGCUCAGAAGGUGAAGGAUGUUGAAAUGCCUAAGUUGCAAAAGCCUGACGAGCCAGACUUCUCAGCCGAGCCAGAUGAUGAGUAGUUCUCCUGUAUCAGCAGCAAUGGUGGUUGAAGGGAAAUUCCAUUUGACUAUGCCUGUUCUAAGUACUACAAUUCAAAGCUAUGCAUAUACACAUAUAACUAAUUUCAAUGUCAUGAUAGCAAUUUCAAACA